AUAUAUAUACACACCUAUGUUUCUCCCCUCCUCAUAACCAUUUAAAUCCAUUUUCACUUAAGAAGAUAGAAAUCAAGACUCAGUGGGAUGGCAAAACUUCUUUCAAGCUGGUGUAAAGAUGCUCAAUCCUUGCCUAAAAAUUAUGUAUUCCCACCGGAUAAAAGACCAGGGGAGCUCAAUUCUCCUGUAUACAGUGGUCCGGUAGUUGAUCUCAGCAAAGCAGUGGGACAGGGGCAAGCUGAAACAAUACAGCAAAUUAUACAAGCAUGUCAGGAGUUCGGAUUCUUUCAGGUGAUCAAGCAUGGUGUUUCAGGUAGUUUAAUGCAUGACACGAAGAAUGUGAUGAAGGAGUUCUUUGACAUGCCAGAUGAGGUCAAGUCGAGCGUCUUCACUGCAGAUGCCAGCAAGAGGUGCAGGCUCUUCACAAGCAGUUUAAAUUAUACCAAUGAGGAGGCUUAUUAUUGGAGGGAUAAUUUGACACACCCUUGUCAUCCUUGGGAGGAUUGUAUGCAACUUUGGCCCAAAAAACCUACUAGAUACCGAGAAGUUGUAGGGACUUAUACAGUUGAAGUGAGGAAGAUGAUAUUGAAAGUUUUGGAUCUGAUUUGUGGAGGACUGGGACUAGAGCAGGGGUACUUUGGAGGUGACCUGAGCAAGAUUGAGUUACUAUCAACUAAUCUUUACCCUAGGUGCCCUGACCCGAGCCUGGCCUUGGGAUGUCAUAGACACUGCGACCCUAACCUCAUAACGUUUUUAGAUCAAGGGGAGGUCUAUGGACUUCAAGUCUGUAAAGAUGGGCAAUGGAUAGGUGUUGAGCCUAUUUCUAAUGCAUUUGUGGUCUUAAUUGGCUGCCAGUUACAGAUCAUCAGUAAUGAUAAGAUCAGAGGUCCUGAACAUCGAGUGUUGACAAAUUCAAACAAGGAUCGGAUCAGCAUUGGCUGUUUUGUUAUCCCUACAUAUGAAUGCUUUAUAGAGCCUGCAAAAGCUCUGGUUAGUACAUGCAAUCCACCACUUUAUAGAGCCUUGCAGUACAAAGAUUUUCUUAGCACCUAUGAUGAGAAAAUAGGUAAUUUUAGAGCUGUGAUGGAGUGUUCUAAGCUUCAAGUUCAGUAGUCGUGUUUGAAAUGGAAGUGGACGAUCUCUUGUAUAUCAUAUAUGUUAUUGCAAGUAAAUAAAAAUGUGGUUUUAACUCGCA